AAGUGUUGUGCCUCCUUGCAAAACAAAUUCCAUUCAGAUCAAGAAAGUGCCUCGCUCAACAUGGCGACAGUGCCACUCUUAACUGUAUCUCUUCUUGUCACGCCGUGUUUCUUUCAUUUGUGUCGAGGGCUUAACGUCAAAAUAAACGAAGAAGUGACGUCACUGACAACUGAAGGAUUACUCGGUCAUUUCAAGCGCCAUCUUCAAUCUAAGCCAGCAGACGACAGGAUUAUAUUUCCCGACAGCUCAGAAGAAGACUCAAUUGAUACUGUAAAUAGACGUUUCGGCUAUGUUUUUCCACCCACUGAAUAUACGAGACCACAUAUCAGCCAGAAUAAUAACUGUAAAACUGAAGCUGAUGUGAUAGAAGGGUGUGGACCCCCUUCAGAGAACAACAGUCACCCAAUCAGCCAGAGCGAAACUCAGUCAUCAAGCUAUGGUGGGCCAAAGUCAUCCGUCUACAGCCAGAGUCAGGGUGUGAGUCAGUCGCCAAGCCAGAGCGAAAGUUAUUCUCCUAACAGUGGUGGACGUCAAUCUACAGGCGAUACAUCUGAACAGUUUCACGCACACUAUCCUGAAAACAUGAAAUCAUCCAAUGAUAAUGGGAGCAGAUCGGCGACGGCGAGUGAAAGCCAAAUUACCAGCAAUAUCGGAAGUCAAUGUAUCAGUAAUUGUGGAAUUCACUCCUCCAGCAAUAAGGAAGACAAAUUACCCAGCCGGGAUGGAAGCCAGUCCUUCAGCAAUAGCAACAGUAAAUCUUUCAGCAGUAGUGAAAACCAAUCCUACAGCAACAGUGAAAGCCAAUCCUUCAGCAAUAGUGAAAGCCAGUCCUUCAGCAAUAGUGAAUGCCAGCCCUUCAGCGGUAGUCAAAGCCAAUCCUUCAGCAACAGUGGAAGUCAAUUCUCCACUAGUAGCGGGAGCCAGUCCUCCAGUAAUAGCGGAAGUGAAUCCUCCGGCAGUGCUGGAAGCGGAUCUUCAGACAUUGCUGGAAGCAAACAUGCAAGCGGCACCUAUGAUGGGUUUCGCUCACAGCGUCCUGGAAACAUUCAAUUUGCCAGCAGUAGCGGAAGUCAAUCCUCCAGCAACACUGCUAGCCAUCCGUUCAGUAAUAGCGGAAUCGGACCCUCGGACAGUGGUGUAAGUCAUCAUGUAAGUGGUACACACGAAGAGUUUUACACACACCAUCCUGGGAACUUCGAAUCCUGCUGUAGCGACGGAAACGUUUUCUCCAGUAAUAGCGGAAGGCAAUCUACUGGCUACGCAUUGGAAGGGAUUCAUGCAGAACGUCCUGGGAACAUACACACCUUCAGCAACAGCGAAAGUCAUUCCUCAAGUAAUGGUAGAAGCCAUUCCGCCAGCAAUGGUGCAGUCCAGUCUUAUAGCAAGAGUGGAAGCCAGUCCUUAAGCAAUGGUGCAGUCCAGUCUUAUAGCAAGAGCGGAAGCCAGUCCUUAAGCAAUGGUGCAGUCCAGUCUUAUAGCAAGAGUGGAAGCCAGUCCUCCAGCAAUGGUGGAACCCAGUCUUCAUCUGCUUAUGCAUAUGACUUCUAUUAUCCACAGUUUCCAUGGAACACCCAAUCUUACAUAAACAAUAAUGGGCAAACACAUACGGGAGAUGGAAGCUACAUUUCUAGUUCUAUUCAGAGUUCCAGCAUGGAUGGAGGAUACGGAAAUGGUUAUCCAGACACUCUGUUCGGUAACAGUCAGCCAUCUAAUGUUAAUCGAAAUGAAAGAUUUACAGGUAAUUCUAACUGGAAUUUGAAAAACUUUCUACCUGGUUUCUCCUACACAGGAAAUUCAAAUCAGGGUUCUAGAGUAUAUUUUGGAAGCAAUAAUCCUGGUUUCACUGGAAGAUUUCCAGGAUAUCCAAGCAGUUGGUCUCAGAGCUCUUCACAGAGUGGCUCCUUUUCUGGAACGUCCAGCUUCAGUUCCAGUAGCAGCAGUAGUGGCGGAGGUGAAGGUGGUGUUGAGCCGUGUAUUAUUGCCUCAUCAACGGAAUUCUCCCUACCUGAAGGACUGUGCAGAAGAAACGGGCGUGACUGUUAAUGCAGUAUUAUUGCAUAACUCACAGCGACUCUGGUAUGAUAAGUAACAAAGCGUUUCCAAAAGUUAUGUCUCACAAAAGUCUCACACAAUUCCGCGUCACGUGAGAGGAUUCGAAGCAAUUAUCUCGAAAUUU